AAAAAAUAACAUUUAAAAAAUUAGGUUUGAACAAGUUCCAUGGAUAUUCAACGUCGUACAACAAUAAGUGAGAGGAAAAUAUAAAAACAAAAAUAAAAAUGAAAAAAGCUAUUCCCUUCGUUCUUGAUCUUGCAAGGGUUGAUAUUUGAUUUAGGAAAAUUCUCGAUUUUUUGGAAUUCUGCAUAUCUUCCAUUCUCCCCAUUUCACAAUUCUUAGAAAUUUCAGACUGUGUCGCGUAAAAUUUCCGGAUUAAGAUAAAAAAAUUCGGAAAAAGAUGACAAUGGGAGAGCUUCUCCGUAUCCAGCCUUCAGAGCUAAAAUUUCCAUUUGAAGUGAGGAAACAGAGUUCAUGUGCUAUGCAGUUGGCUAAUAAGACAGAUCAGUAUGUGGCAUUUAAGGUUAAGACAACCAAUCCAAAAAGGUAUUGUGUUCGACCGAAUGCUGGCGUUGUUUUGCCCUUUUCUGUGUGCAAUAUCAUAGUUACCAUGCAAGCACAGAAGGAGGCUCCCCCUGAUAUGCAAUGUAGGGAUAAGUUUCUAGUUCAGAGCGUUAUUGUUCCGAAUGGCACAACAAAUAAGGAUAUAAACCAGGAAAUGUUCAACAGAGAGAGUGAGAAGUUUGUCGAUGAGUUCAGAUUAAGGGUCAUUUUCAUUCCUGCAAACCCUCCCUCCCCUGUACCUGAAGAAGAUGAAGAAGGGAGUUCACCUGGAACAUCUUCAGCUGAGGAUGAAAUUAGAAAAUCUUUGUUGUCUGAAACUGAUCGGUCUGCUGUCUUAAAGUUGAAAGACGAGAAAGCUUCUGUUAAUAUACAAAAUGAUAAGCUCCUUGGCGAAUUGGAAUCGAUGAGGAAACAAACUGGACAAGGGCGACAUGGAUCCAUUUUCGUGCUUCUAGUUGGCCUGUUUAUCGGAAUAUUGGUGGGAUACUUUAUCAGGAUACAAGUGCCGACAUUGCUGUAAGAGGUCUGAUUCUUUGUUCAGAUGUUAAUCAUGUUAUGAAUUUGCUCAUCAAAAUCUCUUUCAAUCUUGCCCCUAGUAGAGACUUAGGUCAUAAGUAUUUAUUUUUUCGGCUUUCUAUCAUGUAGUACGACGUUUUGGAAUCUGAUUCUUUCAGAAACAUCGACGUUCUUGAUGCCCGACUUGUAUUGAUUCGUGAGGCGAAGGCAACGGCCUUUUUAAGCUCAGUUUCUCUUUCCCUAUCUACUUGCUGUGGCCUCUUGAAUUCAUUAUGAAUGCUGAUAUUUUGGAAAAAUUUGUAAAGAAACUAUCCGAAGAUGGAUUAUGCUGUCAUAGAUUGGGUGUUAUGGUGUAUGUUUGUUUGUAAAUUUAUUACUUAAUUAACCUAUUAAUGCAACCAUAAUCAUAUCA